AGGGCUCAAUAUAUGCAGUAGUGGAAGUGCUGCCUCGUGUGAAGAGUGUCUGUUAAUUCACCCAAAAUGUGCCUGGUGCUCCAAGGAGCCUGCUGGCUUUUGAUCUUGCCUCCAACUCCCAGGUGCUGGAAGUAGAGGCCUGCACCACCAUACCUGGCUGAAACAUUUUCUUGACUUACGUUAUUUGCCUACCUGGGAAGUCAUAAGAAAUCAGUACUUUGGCGGCCCACGGUCAGUCAGCUCUCGGUGUGACUUGAAGGCAAACCUCAUCCGAAAUGGCUGUGGGGGUGAGAUGGAGAGCCCGGCCAGCAGCACCCACAUCCUGCGGAGCCUGCCCCUCAGCAGCAAGGGCUCCAGUGCCGUGGGCUCCGAUGUCAUUCAGAUGACACCCCAAGAGAUCUCCGUGAACCUGCGGCCAGGCGACCAGACCACCUUCCAGCUGCAGGUGCGCCAGGUGGAGGACUACCCUGUGGACUUGUACUACCUGAUGGACCUCUCUCUCUCCAUGAAGGACGACUUGGACAGCAUCCGGAACCUGGGCACCAAGCUCGCCGAGGAGAUGAGGAAGCUCACCAGCAACUUCCGAUUGGGGUUUGGCUCUUUUGUUGACAAGGACAUCUCUCCUUUCUCCUACACUGCGCCGAGGUACCAGACCAAUCCGUGUAUCGGUUAUAAGUUAUUUCCAAACUGUGUCCCCUCUUUUGGGUUCCGCCAUCUGCUGCCUCUCACAGACAGAGUUGACAGCUUCAAUGAAGAAGUUCGGAAACAGAGGGUGUCCCGGAACCGUGAUGCCCCUGAAGGGGGCUUUGAUGCCAUCCUCCAGGCUUCUGUCUGCAAGGAGAAGAUAGGCUGGCGAAAGGAUGCACUGCAUUUGCUGGUGUUCACGACAGAUGACGUACCCCACAUCGCGCUGGAUGGAAAACUGGGGGGCCUCGUGCAGCCUCAUGAUGGCCAGUGUCACCUGAACGAGGCCAAUGAAUAUACCGCAUCCAAUCAAAUGGACUAUCCAUCCCUUGCCUUGCUUGGAGAGAAGUUGGCAGAGAACAACAUCAACCUCAUCUUCGCAGUGACAAAAAAUCAUUACAUGCUCUACAAGAAUUUUACAGCCCUGAUACCCGGAACCACAGUGGAGAUUUUGCAUGGAGACUCCAAAAAUAUUAUUCAACUGAUUAUCAAUGCGUACAACAGCAUCCGGUCUAAAGUGGAGCUGUCGGUCUGGGAUCAGCCCGAGGAUCUUAAUCUCUUCUUUACGGCCACUUGCCAAGAUGGUGUGUCCUACCCUGGCCAGAGGAAGUGUGAGGGUCUGAAGAUUGGAGACACGGCGUCUUUUGAGGUGUCCGUGGAGGCCCGGAGCUGCCCUGGCAGACACGCAGAGCAAGCGUUCACCCUUCGGCCCGUGGGGUUCCGGGACAGCCUGCACGUGGAGGUCACCUACAACUGCACGUGCGGCUGCAGCACGGGCCUGGAGCCCGACAGUGCCAGGUGCAGCGGCAACGGGACCUACGUCUGUGGGUUGUGCGAGUGCAACCCCAGCUUCCUGGGCACCAGGUGCGAGUGCCAGGAAGGGGAGAACCAGAGCGGGUACCAGAACCUGUGCCGAGAGGCCGAGGGCAAGCCCCUGUGCAGCGGGCGCGGGGAGUGCAGCUGUAACCAGUGCUCGUGUUUCGAGAGCGAGUUCGGCAGGAUCUACGGGCCCUUCUGCGAGUGUGACAGCUUCUCCUGCGCCAGGAACAAAGGCGUCCUAUGCUCAGGCCAUGGCGAGUGUCACUGUGGGGAAUGCAAGUGCCACGCAGGUUACAUCGGAGACAAUUGUAACUGCUCAACAGACAUCAGCACAUGUCGGGCCAAGGAUGGGCAGAUCUGCAGUGACCGUGGGCACUGUGUCUGUGGGCAGUGCCAGUGCACAGAGCCUGGAGCCUUUGGAGAGAUGUGUGAGAAGUGCCCCACAUGCCCAGAUGCUUGCAGCUCCAAGAGGGAAUGCGUCGAGUGCUUGCUGCUUCGUGCAGGGAAACCCGACAACCAGACCUGUCGCCACCUGUGCAAGGAUGAGGUGAUCACGUGGGUGGACGCCAUCGUCAAAGAUGACCAAGAGGCUGUGCUUUGCUUUUAUAAAACUGCCAAGGACUGCGUUAUGAUGUUCACCUACACGGACCUGCCCAGCGGGAAGUCCAACCUGACCGUCGUCAAGGAGCCUGAAUGUGGAACCACCUCCAACGCUAUGAUCAUCCUGCUGACCGUGGUUGGCAGCAUCCUCCUCAUUGGGCUCACGCUCCUGGCCAUCUGGAAGCUGCUUGUCACCAUCCAUGACCGCAGAGAGUUUGCCAGGUUCCAGAGCGAGCGCUCCAGAGCCCGCUACGAAAUGGCUUCCAACCCCCUCUACAGACAGCCCAUCUCCACACACACCAUGGAUUUCACCUUCAACAAGUUCAACAAAUCCUACAAUGGCUCAGUGGACUGAGGUUCCCUCUCCUAGAGGCCAGAGGAGCGCUGAAGACAAAGACUAAAGCUCCUUGGACGGCUCCCCACCUGAUCACACUCUUUAGAUAGGCAAGCACCAAGAUGCCCUCCACCGAGCCCAAGCAAGGGGUCUGCUGCCCACGAAGGUAGCAGCUGGCCAUGACUCUGCUGCCGGCCAGAGCCACACCGGACCACCUCCCUCCUCCAAGUCUAGGAAAAGCAAGGAGACACCACCGAUGCUCUCGGCUUUUCCACCGCCUCCAGCUUGCUGGCUGCAGGAACCACCGAGAACCAGGCUGCCCUUACCUCCCUCCUGCCCCAGCGCCUGGCCAGAACAGAAGGUCUCGGGAAAAGUUAGAGAGUUCAAUCUAGCCAGCGUACGAAUGGGCCUUUCCAUUUGAUUUGUUUUUCUAUGAAAUAAAAGGGUCAUGCAUUUAUGGCAUAGUCCUGAUUACCAGUUUUCUGAGAACUGUUUGCCUGGCACCUGUGGGUGUUGGUGAUAGAAUUGGGGAGGUGCUCUAGUGAUGUUGCAGUUGUUGGCUUUUUUUUUUUUUUUGUCUUGUCCAUGUUUUGUAAUGAAAAGAGAAGACCUGGGAUUGGAAGUAAAGAUUAAAACUAAA